AGCCGUUACGAGAGCGUCCCUGUCAUCUAAAUGUAAUACAAAUCCUCUAUACCAUCAUUCAUUGUUUUCAUCAAUUUCAAAAGAUCAAACACACAAAGCCCCUCCUUUCUCCAUCUCUCUUUCCCUUUUUCACAUUAAAGGAUUAGAAUACCCAAAACCCAGUCCUUUUACGGCAUUUUCCGAUGGAUUUGAUCGGCAAGAACGCCGGAGCCGUGACCCCAGUGAAAGACCCACGUGGGUCUCGGUCCAAGAUUCAAGAAAAUCAUAAGCCUUCUGAGAAUUUGAACCCCAAUAUCUCUCAUUCAAGCCCUGUUCUAAAACCCACGAGUUCCCCAGUAAUCAAAUCCGCAAAGGCGCAGAAAUCGGUUUCAAAGAACCCUAAUCCGAUGCCAGCGUACUCACCCCGGAAUAAGAUCCGUGAUCGAAAGUUUGUGGUGGCGAAGAAGAAUCUAAAGAAAGAUAAUUUGGGGUCGAGGGUUGAGUGCAAGUGCAAAGAGAUGGUUGGUGGUGGUAAUGGUAAUGCCAAGAAGUGUUUGUGUGUGGCCUAUGAGAAUUUGAGGGCGUCCCAGGAAGAGUUUUUCAAGAAUCGAAGCGAAGAGGCCAGGAAAUCCGACCAGUUGAAGGGUUACGAUAGAGCUGAAUGUGAACUUGAAGAGGAAAUAGAGAAGGGUUUGAUGCUACAAGACCAGAAUAUUGAUGAUGAUAUCAAGUAUGAAGGGAAGGUGGAGGAAAGUGAUAGAUCUGCGGUAAAUGAGUCCUCAGAUAGAGAUAGUCAAAUGGGUAGUUCAACAAUUAAGAGAAGGAGGAACAAGUUGUUGGAAGAGGCAAGGAGUAGUGUGCCUGAAUCUGGGUCUGGGAGAGUGCAGCAUUUGGUGAAGGCCUUUGAGAAGCUUCUUUCAAUACCUAGUUCAAAGGAUUCCAAUGAUGAGAAGGAAGCAGAAGAGAACCAAAAGAAGGCAAUAAAAUGGGCUUUACCGGGAUUGCAGGCUCCUAAGGUUCCAGAGACACAGGUUUCUUCUUCUUCUUUCAGUCCAUCAGAGUUGUUCUUGACAUCGGAGAAUCUUGGUCUGGAUUCGAGGAUUUCGGUUUCAUCUUCAUGGGAUAGUAGCCAGGGAAGUAUUUCAAGCAGGACUUCUAAUGGGGGUCGAAGGAGCCGAAGAAAUAGCUCUGAAUCUUAUACUACAAUGGGUGGAAGGAGAUGGAAGAAGAAGCAGCUCAAGGUUACCAGCCAAAAACCGUUCAAGCUACGGACAGAGCAAAGGGGAAGACAUAAGGAAGAAGAAUUUAUGAAAAAAUUACAAGAAAUAGUGGUAGAGGAGGAGAGGCAGCGGAUUCCAAUUGCACAAGGUCUCCCAUGGACAACAGAUGAACCAGAGUGCUUGAUAAGACCUCCAGUGAAGGAGAUUACAAGGCCUAUAGACCUAAAGCUUCACAGUGAUCUACGAGCAGUAGAACGUGCUGAGUUUGACCAUCAGGUAGCAGAGAAGAUGAGCCUGAUUGAUCAAUACAAGAUGGAAAGAGAGAGACAGCAGAAGUUGGCAGAAGAGGAAGAAAUAAGAAGGUUGAGAAAGGAACUCGUUCCAAAAGCACAACCUAUGCCCUAUUUUGACAGGCCUUUCAUUCCCAGAAGGUCAAUGAAGCAUCCAACUGUACCUAGAGAACCAAAUUUCCACAUACCUCAACAUAAGAAGAUCAAGUGCUGCCUGUCAUGGGAUGACAUCAGUAGCUACGCUUACCAACUUUGAAGUACAAGGAAAAAUAAAAACCUGAGAGUAUUAUCAUGCUGUUGUCACCAAUUACUGAAUGAUCAUUUUUUUUGGCGGGGGGAUCUCUCUCUGAUUUUUUUUGCUUAA